AUGACAGCCAUUUCAUCUUUCCGGUACUCAACCGGCGAGAUCACCACCGCCGAGGCGGCUAAGUCGUUCUCAUGGGAGGCACCUGUACCAGUAAACAGCACUGCCCGCAACUUUCUGGGAAACUUUUCAGAUUCCGAACUGGAACAGCUAACCGUUGACUCGGUAGGAAUAUACCCCGACAACACCGCCGACCAGCAAGAAAAGCUCCAGCUUCUCCUUCAACUGCUCCAGAAUAAGCUGGCAAAAGAAGAAGCGGCCACUUCGCCGCCUCAGUCACUCUAUGAAGUCGAUUACAAACGGUGGUAUGCAUUGUGGCAGGGGAUCUAUACACUGGAGAAUGAAUUGGGCCACCCGCAGGCUGAGGAAACCGUCCGCAUGCUAGUGGAGAAAAGGCCGGACGAGUCGAACAUUGUCCCUCCCUAUAUGCUGGCGGAGCACCUUGUCAAGGCUGGGAAAUAUAAGGAAGCGGAGGAGAUUGCGCGGCCAGUUUGCCAGGGUCCCCCACGACUAGCCGAGGCUGAGGCGCUAGUCACCGAAAUCCGUGAACUUGUCAAUAGCAUGGGUAGAAGCAAGUUUGGCAUUUACCAGGAAGAGGAGGCGAGGCUUAAUGAGGAAAUGGUGGCUGAUCUGAAGGUCGAGAUUUAG